AUGGCAAAAGAAUGGAUUGGAAUGACUGGAACGGAACAAAUGCCGUUUGCAACCUUUUCUCCGGCGACGGGUUGCAAGCGAAAAUUUUUUCUCCAGUUGCUCGUGAUGGGAAACAAUGAGUCUCAUUUGGUGAAGUCUGCGGUGCGCCGGAAAGGAGGAAAACAAAUAGAAAAAUUGUUUGAGGUGGUCGAUGAUGCUUCCGUCGACUAUUUGCAAGCAGGCCAAAGUCGAAGUCGAUUUGGACAGCGGCGUUGUGCCAGUGGAUGCGGUUGCGAGUUUCUGGACGUAGGGGAAACCGUGACUGAGUUUGUGGUGUUGAUUUUUUUCUCGUGUUGCGGCGCCAUUAUGUGGAAGGGGAACUGGGAAGCGGAUAAGGCGCUUGAUACUUAUAUCUAUGAUUACCUAGUGAGACGCAACUUACUGACCACGGCCGAAAUUUUCAAGGAAGAAGGAAAUGUUGUGACGGAAGCUUUGGGUAUUCAGAAUAGCAUAGAAGAAGAAACAAACAGGAGAGAAACUAAGGAGGAGAAAAAAGAACAAAACCUAGAAAAUAAUCUUCCAGACAAUAUCCUAUCAGACUGGUGGUCUAUAUUUUCUGAUGUUUUCAUCGCUAGAACAAAUGAAGAUCAUUCUCCAGUUGAUUCAUCACUAAAGGGGAUACACGGGACAAAAGCAAAAGAUCAUCAAGAGCAGUUACAGAUGCAGCACUUACAGAUCAUACCACAAGAACAGACCCAACUGCAGCAACAAGGAGGCAUUCAUCCUGCUUUGAUUGAGAUGAUAAAUGCUACCAAUACCAAUGAGAUUCCAAAAACUAGUUUAUUGGAUUCCAAAACAUAUGAAGAGGGGGUGGAUCAGCCACAGUUAAUGGCAGAUACGAUAUCCACACAGUUUCUUGACGCUAACAGAGACACACUUUUACAAUCUGCAGCCAUCCAUCCAGGGCAGCUUAUCCAAUACAAUCACAUUAAUGGAUCUUCUGAUAUGCAGCAUAUUCAAGGACAAAAUCAAUACACACCUUUGCAUCACAGUAAGGGUGAGGCAAGUUCAUCCCAAAGACCUUUGAAUGUGGAUCCCUCUACACCUCAAAGAUCUCUGAAUGUGGAUCCUUCAUUGUUUGGCCGUGGAAUUCUGGGGGCAAAAUCUCGAACAAAUGGAGCUGUAAUGAACCAAGGUGUCAGUAGUCUUCCACUUAGAGGGCGGCCACCAAAGAGUGGUAGGCCGAGAAAAUCAACCUCUUCUGGAGCUGGAUACAACAGUCGUACCGGAACUACUGCAACUCUUUCUGUUACCCCUCCUCUAUCAACCCCUAUUAUCGCAACUGCUUCUGGAGCUUCCAUGGCUAAUAACUUACAAAACUCAAAUGCUACUUUCAAAAGUUCGACGGAAACACUUUCUAUUACCCCACCUCCAUCAACUCCUAGUCAUAUAUCUGGUUCUGGAGUUUCCAUGGAUAGUAACUUACAAAACUCAAAUGCUAUUUCCAAAAGUUUGAUGAUGCAUGGAACAGAUAGAACAUAUGGACUUGCCUAUUUCAACCAAAUGGAUGAUUGUGAGACUUUUGAAGACAUUAUUGAAUCUUUUUUCUCCAAUAGUGAAGAUGGAAGGGAGAUUUUUGCUACUACCAAUAUGACUACUGCACAUGAUACGAAAUCUCUGAAUGGAGUCACUCUCACUGAAUCUGGUCAUGCACAUACCAGUCAAAGCAUAGUUUCUUGUCACUUCUCUUCAGAUGGAAUGUGGCUUGCUAGUGUCGGACACGAUAAAAAGGUUAUCAUCUGGAACAUGGAGACAUUGCAAACUAUUAGCAGUUCUGAUGAACACUCCAAAUUUGCGACGGGUGUCUGUUUUAGCCCCAACUCAACUCUUCUGGCAUCAUCAUCAUUUGAUAAAACUCUGCGACUAUGGAAUGCCUCUGAAUCUUCUGUCAACUGUUUACAUACUUUCUCCGGGCACAAUGCACCGGUAACAUCACUCGACUUUCACCCCCAAAAGUCUGAUCUUCUCUGCUCCUGCGGCAACAAUCGUGAUAUUAGGUACUGGAGUGCCAGCCACUUUUUAUGCACGAGGAGUUUCAUGGGUGCUACCGUCGGAGUCAAGUUCCAGCCUAGAAGUGGCCUGUUCCUGGCUGCAGCAGCAGACAAUGGCAUUACCAUUUUCGAUGCUGAGACGACUAUAAGACUUCACAUUUUACAGGGUCAUAAUAAGAUAGAGUCGAUAUGUUGGGCUGCAAAUGGCGAUACUCUUGCAUCUGUAAGUAAGGACAUGGUUAAAGUGUGGUGCUUGCGAACAGGGAGCUGCAUCCAUGAACACAAAUCCAAGGGUGAAAGGUUCAGUUCAUGCGUCUUCCAUCCACAAUCACCACAAAUUUUGGUUCUGGGAGGCAAUAAAACACUGAAGCUCUGGGAUGUGACUGAGAACAAGAGUUUCACUGUCCCUGCACAUGAAGACCUUGUUUCCUCCUUAGCACAGUCGGAGUCAACAGGCCUGAUCGCAUCUUCUAGCUAUGACAAAUCUAUCAAAGUAUGGAGAUAGUCACGGGCACUCAAACGCAUGAAGAAGCCAUAGUAAAUGAGUCACAACUUUACUUAAAGAGCAUAAGGCACUCUCUAACCCUCUCCAUUGGAUUCACAUUCCUGAAUAAGAGGAGAGGCAGGGAAUGAGAGCAAUGCCAGGUUAUUUCUGUUCUUAUUCCGGUCAAUGAUUUAUCUUCCCAGUUUUACACUGUCAAUUCAAGAUUUGGCAGUCCAAAUAAAUCUGUCAAAAAUUUGAAACAUUCUCAUUGUAUUUUUUUGGAUAAAAAUAAAAAAGGCACCCCUCUUUCAUUUAUUAUCCAUGCCAUCACGAG